AUGAAGUUCACAGCUGGAAUGUGGUGCCUGCAGGAAGGCGUCCGCAUCGACUGGAUGAGCAAUGUGGAGCGGCUCCGCAUCGAACAAGAAAGCGUCAAUUUGCUUCUAAACAAGUUCCAACGUCACCGCGGCGAUACUCUAAACUCGCCAACAAUUUCGGCCCAAGUCACCUCUCCGCAAGAAGGGAUCAUCGGCGUGAAACUAGUGCACUGGGCAGGACAAGUCGACAACGGCCCCCAUUACGACAUUAGCCAAUCCAAUGGACACACCGAUAUCAGCCAUGACAAAUCGACCAACAGCCUGAACUAUGGCAGUGGGUCUAUGAAACUCGAUAUCAACACCGCAGCCAACGAGCUAGACUUUGUCUUUCGCUCUCCCUCGAAUAAAAAGCUUACUGGCCACUCUAGCCGCGCAAUCGGCUAUGUCGGCGAUACGCGGAGCGAGAAGUACAGUACCGCUGAUGGUAUCUACGCUGAAAGGCAGGGGUACAUGCUCAUUGGUCUUGAUCUAGGUGUUGGCGAGAAAAUCUACGGACUAGGCGAGCGGUUCGGACCCCUUGCUAAGAAUGGACAGACGGUUGAUAUCUGGAAUGAGGAUGGAGGCACCUCGUCCGAGCUGGCGUAUAAGAACAUCCCAUUCUACAUGUCCUCGAAAGGGUAUGGCGUCUUCGUCAACCACCCGGGAAAAGUGAGUCUGGAAGUUCAAUCUGAGCGGACGACCAGAGUCAAUAUCUCCGUUCCCGGCGAAGAGAUCGAGUACUUUGUUGUUUAUGGCGAGACGCCCAAGGAUGUCUUGAGACGGUAUACAUCUUUAACGGGACGUCCGGGCCUGGUGCCAUCUUGGAGUUACAAUCUCUGGCUGACGACUAGCUUUACGACAAACUAUGACGAGCAGACGGUCACUGGAUUCCUGGAUGGGUUCCGGGACCGAGAUAUUCCGCUGGGCGUGUUUCAUUUUGAUUGUUUCUGGAUGAAGUCUUACCAGUGGUGUGAUUUCGAUUUUGAUACGGAAAUGUUUCCUGAUGCUGGCGGGUACAUGAAGCGGCUGAAGGAGCGUGGCUUGCGGAUUAGUGUGUGGAUUAAUCCAUACGUUGGACAAGCAUCGCCCUUGUUCGAAGAGGGCAAGAAGAACGGUUAUUUCAUCAAGCGCACCGAUGGCUCUGUCUGGCAGUGGGACAUGUGGCAAGCUGGCAUGGCUGUCGUGGACUUCACCAACCCAGCCGCUUGCCGUUGGUACACCGGCCAGUUAGAACGUCUCAUGGAGAUGGGCGUGGAUAGCUUCAAGACCGACUUCGCGGAACGAAUCCCUACAAAGGGAGUCAAGUACCACGAUAACUCGGACCCAGAGAGGAUGCACAAUUACUACGCACUCCUCUACAAUCGCAUCGUGUACGAAACCCUCGAAGCCGGCGUAGGCCACAACCAAGGCCUCUUGUUCGCCCGCAGCACCGCGCCAGGCGGCCAGAAGUACCCCGUACACUGGGGUGGAGACUGUGAGAGCACGUUCGAAGCCAUGGCCGAGUCCCUGCGUGGCGGACUCAGUCUCAUGCUCUGUGGAUACAUCUUCUGGGCGUCGGAUAUUGGAGGGUUCGAAGGGACGCCGCCACCUGCACUUUAUAAGCGAUGGGUGCAGUUUGGACUCUUCUCGUCUCACUCCAGACUCCAUGGAUCGUCGUCGUUCCGAGUUCCUUGGAUUUAUGGCGAGGAUUGCUCGGCUGUGCUGCGGGAUUGCGUGAAGCGGAAGAUUCUUCUUACGCCAUAUAUUCUCCAGGAAGCGUUGAGGGGACAUCGAGACGGCACGCCGCUGAUGAGGCCGCUUUUCUUGGAGUUCCCGGAGGAUCUGAAUACGUAUGCCAUCGACACGCAAUACAUGUUCGGAUCAAACCUACUGAUCGCGCCUGUUUUCUCGGAGGAUGGCGUGGUGACCUUUUAUGUCCCGAAGGUUGAGGGUGUGAAUGGGAAGUGGGUUUCAUGGUUUGAUCAUUCCAAGUCUUAUGAGGCUGGCCAGUGGUAUACUGAGACUCAUGACUUUGAUACUUUGCCUGUUCUUGUUCGUCCAGGAUCAGUGACAUUGAUAAAUCCCACACUCAAGACACCCGAGGAUGAUGCAUUGUCCGGUGUGCAGGCAUUGGUCAAUGGACAUUUGGCCGUGGAAACGACUGUUGAAGUCGUGAACCCAAGUCAAACAGAUGAGGUUUUGAAGACAAUUCAGCUCUCGCCUACGGAGGAUGGUAAGGUGGUUCAGUCUGAGGGACAUCCCAUUGAAAUUAUAAGUAUCUAG